CAACGGUGAGAUCUACAUCACCGAAAGCUGUGGUGAAUGUUUAGCCUAGGUAGACGACUGUAUUGUCGCCGGUGGUUUAGUCUUUGUCUCCAGAGCAUGCACGUACGUCAGCCGUAGCUGUCUCGUUACAUCUAUCGAAAUAAACUUUCUUUGCGAGUUCCACUUCCGACCUUUCAGGCCUCGUCAAAGUGCAUUUCCCUCCCCGCGCCUACCAAUGGGGAACGACGAUAUAAGACCUCACACAGGCCCAGCCAUAUGAACAGUAAAAAAACAUUCAUAACUCAAUUCAAUAUCUAACUAUGUCUUUCCAAACACUGCCCACCGAGCUCCUCCUCGAGAUCGCCUCCUACCUCUCCACCGAGUCUAUCCACAAUGUCAUCCAGACCUGCAAGCCCAUCCACAGCUGUCUCCGUGAGACACUAUACCACGACACGACCGCUCACAGCCGACAGUUCAUCGCGGCCGCAACACAGGGCCAAAUCCGUGCCUCCGACCUCUCCCACAUCCGCCAGCUAGCCCUGAGCGGAACCGACGACGCCUUCGUGACCACGAUCCUUCCACAAAUGUCCCGCCUACGCUCCCUGACCUUCGACGGGCGCUCCAUGACCAAGGACAGCACGAUCAUCGCCUCGAUCCAGCGAGUCCUCUCGACCUCCGGCGCAUCCCAAACCCUGCGAUCCUUCACCCUCACGGGCCGGCCAGAGUACUACCGGAACCGGUCACGCCUACUAAUCCCAUUCAACUUCGCCGACACCGGUCCGGCAUUCCCUCUCAGCGGGCUUACGACCACACUACCGCAGCUCUCCCACCUGGACACCUACGGCGCGCACGACCUGUGCGCACACCCGUCGCUGCAGUCGACGCUGCGCACACUGGUCCUGAACAUGCCCGCGCUCACCGCACCGCUCGUGAGCGCGCUCUUCGCGCUGCGACAGCUACACACACUACGGAUCGUGGAGCCGAAGGCGAUCAGCGCAUGGACGCUUCCUGCCACGCAGAUCCCGGCGUUCACGGGCCUGCGCGAGUUCGGCUUUGGCCGCGCCGGCGCCGGCGCGCUCGACCGCAUGCUGUAUGUCGAGCACGGCGCGCUGCGCACGCUGCCGGACGGGUUUGUGGAGGCCGUUGUGGCAAAGAACCCAGGGUUGCAGAGGGUCGCGCUGCUGAGUAUCGAUGAUAAAAUACUCGCCGCGAUGCCGUCGGAGCUAAGGGAGCUCGAGGUCGCGUUCUCGUUCGAUGCGGAUGGCGAGGCGAGUUUUGCCACGGAUGGGUUGGCGGGGUUUUUGGUGAAGAAGGGGAGGGCGUUGAGUAGGUUGGUCGUGUGUGCGGCUAGGGUGGAGCGCACUGCGCCGCUGAUGGAGGUGCUGGAGGGGAUGGGAGGCGGGGUGAGGCUGAGGGAGGAGAUGUGGGUGGGUGAGACGGACGAGAAGGAGUGCGCGCCGGACUCCCCGCAGGAGACGGAUUGGGUUAUUGUUGCGGGGAGGGAUACUAUGUGUAUAUAGUAUAGGAGUCGCAUGUGUACUGGCCUGGUGCCGUUGUUAAUAGGAUGGCUUGAAUCUUGAUGAGUGGAUACCGGUGUGAACUGGAGUACAUCUCCGCAAGUGAAAUCCCCGAAGGCCCGAAGGAGUACAGAUAGAGGCUCACAACGGCGAUUUUCCUUUUCCUUCUCAUACUCGCAUUCCGUGCUUUUUUUUUUGAACAGCCGUAAAAGAGCAGUAGCCGCAGUGCUAGACGAGUGAUAUAUUAUGCACUUACACUAGUAGUACCACAACUAUAUCACUAC